AUGGAAUGGUCCAUCCGACUCCUGGCCUGCCUGGUGGGCAUCCUCCCAAUGGGAUCCUUUGUGAGAACUAAGAGAGAUACUACCGGGAACUUGCUCAACACAGAGGUGCACAGUGCGCCGGCGCAGCGCUGGUCCAUGCAGGUGCCGGCCGAGGUGAGCGCGGCGGCAGGCGAGGCGGCGGUGCUGCCCUGCACCUUCACGCACCCGCACCGCCACUACGACGGGCCGCUCACCGCCAUCUGGCGCGCGGGCGAGGUCUACGCGGGCCCGCAGGUGUUCCGGUGCGCGGCGGCGCGGGGCAGCGAGCUCUGCCAGACGGCGCUGAGCCUGCACGGCCGCUUCCGGCUGCUCGGGAACCCGCGGCGCAACGACCUGUCGCUGCGCGUCGAGCGCCUCGCCCUGGCCGACGACGGCCGCUACUUCUGCCGCGUCGAGUUCGCCGGCGACGUCCACGACCGGUACGAGAGCCGCCACGGCGUCCGGCUCCGCGUGACCGCCGCCCCGCGGAUCGUCAGCCUGUCGGUGCUGCCCGGCCCGGCGCACGCCUUCCGCGCGCUCUGCACGGCCGAGGGGGAGCCGCCGCCCGUCCUCGCCUGGUCCGGCCCGGCGCUGGGCAACCGCUCGGCCGCCGCGUCGGGCCCGGGCCAGGGGCACGGCCACCAGGUGACCGCCGAGCUGCCCGCGCUGGCGCACGACGGCCGCUACACGUGCACGGCCUCCAACAGCCUGGGCCGCGCCGAGGCCAGCGUCUACUUGUUCCGCUUCCGCGGCGCCCCCGGGGCCCCGGCGCUCGCGCUCCCGCUCGGCGCGCUCGGCCUCAAGGCGCUGCUGCUGCUCGGCGUCCUGGCCGCCCGCGCCGCCGCCCGCCGCCGCCGAGAGCACCCAGUUGCCCAGGACACCCCACCAUGGCCCCAGGCUCAGGAGUCCAACUAUGAGAAUUUGAGCCAGAUGAGCCCUCGGGACCCAGCAGCAGCCACAUGUCUACCAUGAGGACCCCUUGGCCACUGCCAUCCACGUGUACGCCAUGAGGAGCAGAGGCCAAGGCCGGACUUGGCUGGGGCAGCCCUUCCUGGGUCCCAGCCAUGCUGGCAGCCCGUUGCUGGGCAACCUCCUGCAAAGGCUGUCACGAGCCCACUCAUGGAGGCUUACUGGUCUCCUGCGAGGAUGUCUGUUCCAGAGCCCCUGUGAUAUUUAUGUCAGUGGGACCAGCGUUUUGAAAAAAUGUGUGUGUGUGUGUGCACCCAUGCACAUGUAUGAGCUCCAGCAUGAAGCUUAUGGACAAACUCUCACCCUUUCUUACAUAGAACAUCAUAGUAAAACAGGCAGGACGUUGGUCAGAGGGUCUCCCGGGCUCUGACUUGCUGUGUGGACCGGGUCACUUUUUCCCCCUCUCUGGGUCUCAGUUUGUCUACUCAUGAACAUGGACAAUAAUAUUCUUCCCUCCUGGCGGAUCAGCCUCUCAAGAUCUGAGGAAAUAAUGGAGUGAAGGGACUUUGGGAAGUACAGAGCCAUGUACAGCUGUGAGGUGAGUCACAUGCUCCUCCUUGCAGGCACCCUUGGGACGUGCAGAGAGUUCUAGGACAAGUGGGGGGCCACCCCACACACACACCAGCCUGGCUGAGAACCAGGAUUCCAGAGAGCAAGCCUGGAGCUGGGGCUGCUGAGGCUGGGGUGGGGUAUAUAACUGUGGUCCAAGGAGCAGGCUGGGAUCCCUGCCCGCCCCCCACCCAGGGUCUCCUCUGUGACUGACCCCCCUCUUGGCCCAUCGACUGACCACUCUGCACUCCCUGGAACUGUGGCCCCUGUGAAAAAGAAAUGAAACACCCAUCAUCUGGCUGUAUCUGGGAUCCAUUUUCCUCAAGGACCAAAAGCUGAGAGGCUGGAGGGGCAGCCGGGGCUGUGGGGUCCUGUGGAUAAAGCAGCUGCAGCUGUGGCCUCUCCCUACAACCUACGCCCUUCCUGGACGUGUGAGGUCCAAGAACACCUGCCAUUUCACCGCAUCUGCCCAACACUUCUCACACUGGCCUUCCACGUUCACACUUCAGUGCGAGCUUGUGCAUUUUAGCUCCCACAGUGCAGUCCUUGGGAUCAGGGAGGGGACCAGGGAGGAGGUGGUGCUUGGGACCAGGGCAGGCUGGCAAGAAGAGAAGGGCCACAGAGCUAGGGGACUGAAGAGGCCACGGGGACAAACUUUCUCUCCUUUGGAACUUUGCCCAAAGCUCAGGUGGUGACCCAUGUAGGGAAGGGCCCUCACUGACGCUCUUCUGGGGCGGUGGCCUGAAGGUUGAAGCUCAUGUGCUUCAGCCCCUAACUUUGUAUUAGGAUCAUUUCCAACAUGUGCGCACGCGCGCACACAAGCUGUAAAAGACAAUCACCCAGAUACCUACCACCUACAUUCAAUAGUUACUACCAUUUUGCCAUACUUGCUAAUGGGCACGUGUGCAUACGUGACCCAGGAGACUUGGCGUUUUCAAGACAGGAGUCCCCCACCCCCCA